CAUGAGCAGACGGCGUAGCGCCGCAAACUUGUGCAGAGGUGUGCUCAUAUCUCUAUGGGCGCUCCUGGCAGCGGGCCAGGGCUCGCCGUCUCACGUAGUCAGCUCUUUCAACAAUCUCCCUGCGCGUCUACUAUUCUUCGACGACACGGAGACCGCAAUUUAUCAUGAUUCGAUGGAGGGAAACAUCUAUGUAUCUCAAGACGAGGGCAAGAACUGGAAGCGUGCUGAAGGAAUACCGUCCGGCAAAGCUGCCAUGUUCUUUGAGCAUCCUGUCGACAAUCGAUUGGGGUUUGUGCUUACAGACGGCAAGACUCACUACCGAACAGAGGAUCGAGGACGAACGUGGCGACCAUUCGAUGUUCCAAUGGAACCUGCCCUCACACCCGCCCCACUCUCUUUUCACUCAGACCCAGCGAAAUACGGAUAUAUCCUCUAUCAGGGUACUAUUUGUGACCGUAGAGGAUGGGGAGCUUCGUGCCACGACGAGACAUACUACACGAAAGAGGCGUUCAGUGAUGAUGUGAAGCUUCUCAAGAAGGACACUGCAAGAUGCCAGUUCGCACAUAGCUCGAAAGAGUUCAAGCACGAAGCACCUUCGGACCUAGUUUUCUGCGUCGGAUACGACAGCGGCUCGCACGACCUGGCGUCGAGUCGGUUCUUCUCAAGCAGCGACUUUGAGAACUGGAAGAUGGAGGACUUUGGGAUUGGGAAGAACGCGAGGGGUGUGAUUGCGUUCGCCAUCGUGUCCAAAUACGCUGUUGUGGCUAUGAAGGACCUGAGUGCAGGCCCCAACGGCGACUUGCACCUCUAUGUGUCCGUCGACUCGCAGACAUGGGCGCGAGCUCAUUUCCCACAUGCCACUUCUGCCCGACUUCGCGAAAACGCAUACACCAUGCUCGAAUCGACGACGCAUUCAUUGGCUGUUGACGUGGUCCUCCAAGACAAGAGCCCGAUUGGCACCCUCUUUGUCAGCAACUCCAAUGGCACGUACUUCGUUGAAAGCCUGAAGGACACAAACCGCAACGACUUCGGGUAUGUCGACUACGAACGCAUUUAUGGGAUUGAGGGCAUUGGUGUGGCAAACGUCGUGGCGAAUGCACAGGAUGUCGAGAGGCGAGGAGAGCGCAAGAGGAUCAAGUCUGCCAUCACAUUUGACGACGGCAGCUCCUGGUCGCCCAUCAAACCUCCAGAGCAAGACGUAGAGGGCGAACGCACCUCUUGCGACACUCGAGACCCAGAGACGUGCUCUCUUCACCUCUUCUCCGUCACAACACCGCACAAUUUCGGACGCAUCUUUUCUUCGCCUGCUCCGGGCUUCGUCAUGGGCGUUGGGCACGUGGGAGAGAAUCUGUGGGUGUAUGAUGAGAGUGACACAUUCCUCAGCACAGACGCGGGCUUGACGUGGCGGAUGGUUGCCAAAGGAGCACACAAAUACGAGUUCGGAGAUUUGGGUAGCAUUCUGGUCAUCGUGGACGACGAAGAGGCUACCGAUCAUGUCAAAUACUCUUUGGACCUGGGCAAGACUUGGACUAAAUACGACUUCGGUAUCAAACUCCGUGCUCGUGGCUUGACCACCCUACCAGAUUCGACGUCGCAAAAGUUCCUCCUCCUCGGUCAGGUCUCGAAGAAAGACCAAAAGAAGGACAUCGGACGUGUCGUUGUUGUGCAUCUCGACUUUUCAAAGACCCGUGGGCGCAAGUGCAGCGAGAACGACUUUGAGAAGUGGUAUGCGCGGCAGGAGACCUCAGAGUGCUUGAUGGGGCACAUGCAAUGGUACAAACGGAGAAAACCCGAGGCCAACUGCUAUGUUGGCGAAAAGUUCAAAGAUCCAGUCGUGCAUGAGGACAACUGCAAGUGUACCGAGCUUGACUAUGAGUGCGACUUCAACUACGUACGCAAGGGCGACAAAUGUGACCCUGUUGGACCCGAAUCCAUCCCUGCUGGCGUCUGUUCGCGGCCUGACGGCACCUACCUCGGCUCUUCCGGGUAUCGCAAGAUAUCAGGAAAUACUUGUGUGGACGGUGUCAAGAAAGACGAGAAGGUUGAGAAACCAUGCUCGCAAGCUCAACCAGCCGAAGGAGAAGUUAUUCAUAAGAAAUUCUCAUUCAAUGGCCAGAUCGUGCAGCACUCUUACUUUAAGAACUCACAGACUAUUCUUGUGCGUUUGAACGAUGGCUCGAUGUGGCAAUCCAGCAAUGAAGGAUAUCUCUGGGAUCCAAUCCUUAAAGACCAACGUUUCCUCGUCUUCUAUCACCAUAAAUACUCCGACGACCGCGCAUUCCUCAUCACCGACACCGACACCUACUAUUACACCACCGACACUGGACGAAACUGGCACCCGGCCAAGGCCCCCACCCCGCCUAACUCCUUCGGCGCACAGGUGUUGCGUUUCCACCCGAUUUCCGACUACCUCAUCUGGACAGGCAACCGUGACUGUCAUGCCGCCACUUGUCGAGCAGAGGCUCAGUACAGUCGAGACAAUGGAAGACACUGGUCGAUGAUCGAUGAUUAUGUCCGAAACUGUGCCUUCGCAAAGGACUCGGAGAUCAAUGCAGACCCGAGCGAGAUCAUCUGCGAGUCGUAUAGGGACAAGAAGGGCAACCAAAGAUACUUCACUGCGGCAAACCCACUUGAGCUCGUGGUCGGUUCGAACUUUUAUGACACCAAGAGGAAGUUGUUCAACUCCGUCGUUGGUUUCGCCAAGUUUUCCGAGUUUUUGGUUGUUGCGGAGAUGAUUCCGGAGAAGAAGUCGCUCGAGCUCGAAGUUUCGCUCGAUGGUCAACACUUUGCGACGGGUCAAUUCCCACCUAGCAUGCACCCGGAGACUCAGGCCUACACCAUUCUCGAGUCUAACACCAAAUCUCUCUUCCUACACAUGACCAUGUCGGAGCCACCAGCACCUUACUGGGGCACUAUUCUCAAAUCAAACUCCAACGGAACGUACUUCGGUAUUUCCAUCGACAAUGUCAACAGGAACGAAUACGGCUUUGUCGACUUCGAGAAGAUGAUUGGGCUCGAUGGCAUAGCGCUGAUUAACAUCGUUUCUAACGCAGAUGAGGCCGUCAUCUCCGGGAAAAAGAAACUCCAGAGCAGGAUAACACAUAACGAUGGAAGCACCUGGACAGCUCUCAACCCGCCGCCUACGGAUUCGCUCGGCAACAAGUACGAAUGUCAAGGAACGAAGUGCCAAUUGCACGUUCAUGGCUACACGGAGCGACGAGAUCCUAGAGCUACAUUCAGCAGCCCGUCUGUUGUUGGGCUUGUGAUGGCAGUCGGAAACGUUGGCGAGAAUCUUGCUCCGUAUACGGACAGCGACACAUUCUUGAGUCGCGAUGGCGGUUUCACGUGGGAGGAAGUGCACAAGGAUGCUCACCUUUGGGAGUUCGGUGACUCAGGCUCUAUUUUGAUCAUGGCGAACGACGAGGAACCCACCUCGAUCGUCAUGUACACGACGGACGAAGGCAAGACAUGGCGCGAGUACCAGUUCUCGGACCAUCCGAUGAGGGUCACGUCUAUUGUUACUGUUCCGUCCGACACUAGUCGGAGGUUCAUUCUAUUUGGCAGCUAUCCGAAGUCGACUGGGUCAGAGGCAAUCCAUAUUGAUUUCUCGUCUUUGACCUCCCGUAAAGGCAUCGUCAGUGUCGAGGACCCUGGAAAGGAUGACUUUGAACUCUGGAGUCCGAGCGAAGAACGUUCUGAGCAAUGUCUUUUCGGCAGACAGACUCUCUACCAUCGACGGGUCCGUGACAGAAACUGCGUUGUUGGCGUACAACCCAAGGCUGCCAAUCGUAUCGUCCAAAAUUGUGCUUGCACAAAAGCCGACUUCGAGUGCGAAUUCAACUAUGUCAAGGACGCAAAUGACGAAUGUGUACUCGUAGAAGGGACAACACCUCGGCCAGACGACGAUUCGUGCAAGAGCGGGGAAGAAUUCUGGUACGAACGUACUGCGUACCGUCUGAUCCCCUACUCGACCUGUGUCGAUGGCUUCCGCCCUGAUCGCGGUGCCGAGCACAGGUGUCCAGGGUUUAAGUCGAAAGGAACCUUGUUCUGGUUGUUCAUGCUCAUUCUGCCGUUCGGAUUUACGGCUAUGGUGGCGUAUUAUUAUUACAGGAAGAGCGGUAUGGCGAGAGGGACGAUCCGCCUUCCAGGUGACGCUCAGUCACCAUUCAACCGCGAUUCAGGCGCUUUGGCCACCCUCGCUUCCAUUCCGUGGUUCCUCAUUGGGCUGGCUGGUAUCGUUUACGAGUCGGUCGCUUCGUGGCUGGACAGCCAUCUCCUGGGGUCGAGGAGAGGGUACCGAAAUUUGCCGAUUGAUGAAGAUGCUCAGAUCCUACGAUUCGAGGACGAGGAUUG